AUGAGCCGCAAUCAGAGCGACCUGCUGGGUCUCGAGGAUGAAGACGACAGACAUUUGCAAUACAAUUCAGGCAACCGCCCGCCCGUGGGAGACGACCGCAUCCUACACGAUUACGACAUUUCAAAUUCGUCGACGGCCCAGCACGGCCGCAUAAGCUUCAAGUUUGGCUUGCCUGGUCGUAGCAAGCCCGAUCCGUCUACACUGGGACCUCGCAUCAUACACCUCAACAAUCCUCCCGCAAAUGCCGCGAACAAAUACUGCGACAACCACGUCUCCACGACAAAGUACAACAUUGCCACAUUUCUCCCGAAAUUUCUCUUUGAGCAGUUCAGCAGAUACGCUAACUUGUUCUUCUUGUUCACCGCAAUCCUACAACAGAUUCCCAACAUCAGUCCUACCAAUCGAUAUACGACCAUCGUACCACUUGGAAUUGUGCUCUUAGUCUCGGCUGGAAAGGAGGUCAUUGAAGACAAUCGCAGGCGGAGUCAGGACAACCAGCUCAAUCGAAGUCCCGCUCGAGCUCUUCGAGGUACCACCUUUCAGGACACCAAGUGGAUCGACAUUCGGGUUGGCGAUAUCAUCCGGGUUCAAUCUGAGGAACCUUUCCCCGCGGAUCUGGUCCUGCUGUCAUCAUCAGAGCCGGAAGGAUUGUGCUACAUAGAGACGGCCAAUUUGGACGGUGAGACAAAUCUGAAGAUUAAGCAGUCCAUUCCAGAGACUGCUCACCUGAUCUCAGCUGCAGAAGUGGCUCGCCUAGGUGGCAGGAUCCGGAGCGAACAGCCGAACAGCAGUCUGUAUACAUACGAAGCAACAUUGACAAUGCAGUCUGGAGGAGGCGAGAAAGAGCUCCCAUUGGCUCCCGAUCAGCUACUCCUUCGUGGUGCUACGCUGAGAAAUACUCCGUUCGUUUACGGAAUAGCGGUCUUCACCGGCCAUGAGACAAAGCUCAUGCGCAAUGCUACCGCCACGCCGAUCAAGCGUACGAAUGUCGAGCGCAGGGUCAACAUCCAGAUUCUCAUGCUGGGAGGCGUCUUGGUAGCCUUGUCUAUCAUCUCAUCCAUUGGAGAUCUUAUUGUCAGGCAAACCAUAGGCACCAAGUUAUGGUUCCUGCAAUAUGAGUCGGUCAAUCCCGCGCGGCAGUUCUUCGGCGAUCUCUUCACUUACUGGAUCCUGUACUCCAACUUGGUGCCUAUUUCACUUUUUGUCACCGUGGAAAUUAUCAAGUACUAUCAAGCCUUUCUAAUCAGCAGCGAUCUGGACAUUUAUUAUCCCGAGACAGACACGCCUGCCAACUGUCGGACGAGUUCCUUGGUUGAAGAGCUGGGACAGGUGGAAUACAUCUUCUCUGAUAAGACUGGCACGCUGACCUGCAAUAUGAUGGAGUUCCGCCAAGCCAGUAUCGGAGGUCUGCAAUACUCAGGCGAUGUACCUGAGGACCGUAGGAUCACUGACGAUGAGGAUGGUGGUAAUGGCAUUUUCGACUUCAAGGCUAUGGAGCGGCACAGGAGAGGCGGGCCGAACGCGGAGUGCAUCCAUCAAUUCCUCAGUCUUUUGUCGACCUGUCACACUGUCAUCCCCGAGAUCAAUUCCGAGAAACCUGGUGUGAUCAAGUACCAGGCAGCUUCUCCAGAUGAGGGUGCAUUAGUCGAAGGAGCAGUGGAGCUGGGAUACAAGUUCAUUGCCCGCAAGCCGAAACUCGUCACGAUAGAAGUCGGUGGAGAGCAUUACGACUACGAGCUCCUUGCAGUCUGCGAGUUCAACUCCACAAGAAAACGAAUGAGCUCUAUCUACCGCUGCCCCGAUGGAAAGAUUAGGUGCUACACGAAAGGUGCUGAUACCGUUAUCCUCGAGCGACUCGCACAGCGUGACGAAAUGGUUGAGCGGACACUUCUUCAUCUCGAAGAGUAUGCGGCGGAAGGUCUGCGAACGCUUUGUCUCGCCAUGCGCGAAGUGCCCGAGAAUGAGUUCAGAGAGUGGUGGGAUGUGUUCAACACCGCUCAGACCACCGUCAGCGGAAACCGUGCCGACGAGCUGGACAAGGCUGCCGAACUCAUCGAGCACGACUUUACUCUCUUGGGAGCAACGGCUAUCGAGGAUAAGUUGCAAGAUGGUGUACCGGACACAAUUCAUACCUUGCAGACGGCCGGCAUCAAGGUUUGGGUGUUGACAGGCGAUCGACAAGAAACGGCCAUCAACAUUGGCAUGUCAUGCAAGCUCAUCAGCGAAGACAUGACACUUCUCAUUGUCAACGAGGAGAAUGCGGCCGACACGCGGAUGAACAUCGAGAAGAAGCUGGAAGCGAUCAGCUCACAACGCGCCGGCAACGUGGAGAUGGAGACGCUCGCCCUCGUCAUUGACGGUAAAAGCUUGACAUUCGCUCUGGAAAAGGACCUCGAGAAAAAGUUCCUCGACUUGGCUGUGAUGUGCAAAGCCGUCAUCUGUUGUCGUGUGUCACCGCUGCAGAAGGCCUUGGUCGUCAAGCUAGUCAAGCGCCACCUGAAGUGCAUUCUUCUUGCCAUUGGGGACGGAGCCAACGAUGUGUCCAUGAUUCAAGCCGCGCAUAUCGGUAUUGGUAUCUCUGGCGUGGAAGGGCUACAGGCAGCACGAUCAGCCGAUGUCUCCAUCGCUCAAUUCCGCUUCCUGCGAAAACUCCUCCUUGUCCACGGCGCCUGGUCAUACCAGCGAAUCAGCAAAGUCAUCUUGUACUUCUACUACAAGAACACGGCCCUGUUCAUCACACAAUUCUGGUACUCCUUUCAGAACGCCUUCUCUGGACAGGUCAUUUACGAAUCAUGGACGCUGUCCUUUUUCAACGUCGUCUUCACCGUCAUGCCACCAUUUGUCCUCGGAAUCUUCGACCAAUUCGUCAAUGCGCGCUUGCUCGAUCGCUACCCACAACUGUACCAGCUCAGUCAGAAGGGCGUCUUCUUCCGCACGCGCAAUUUCUGGAGUUGGGUCGGCAACGGCUUCUAUCACUCCGUCCUCCUCUACUUCAUUUCCGAGCUUAUCUACUGGAACGACGGCCCCUUGUCAAACGGCACCACAGCCGGCCAUUGGGUCUGGGGAACGGCCCUCUACACGGCAAGUCUGGUCACAGUCCUCGGCAAAGCCGCCCUGAUCACCAACAUGUGGACAAAGUACACCGUCAUCGCCAUUCCUGGCUCCCUGGCCGUGUGGUUCAUCUUCCUCCCCGUCUACGCCAUCGUUGCGCCCAAGUUGGGCUUCUCAACUGAAUACAGGAAUACUCUGUCUGUGAUCGUCACCGAUCCGAAGUUCUGGCUCAUGAUGGUCAUCCUGCCGAUGCUGUGUCUCAUCCGGGACUUCGCUUGGAAGUACGCCAAGCGCAUGUACUAUCCGCAAGCAUACCACCACGUGCAGGAGAUUCAAAAGUACAACAUUCAAGACUACAGACCGCGAAUGGAACAAUUCCAAAAAGCCAUCCGCAAAGUCCGCCAGGUCCAACGCAUGCGGAAACAGCGCGGGUACGCGUUUUCGCAGACGGAUGAAAGUCAGGCGAGAGUGCUGCAGGCUUAUGAUACAACGAGGGAGAGAGGAAGGUAUGGUGAGAUGGCGAGUAGUCGUCGAUGAUGACCAUGAUAGGACACUAUGAAAAGG